GUCCUGCCUCAGCCCGAGGCCCCCGGCCCGGGCAGCUCCGCCCCGGUUUCACGGCGCCUGCCCGGCCGCGGCCUGACGGGAAGAGCCGCCGCGCUCCGCCGUCCUCCCUUCUUCUCCUCCUCCUCCUCCUCCUCCCUGCGGCAGGCAGAGAUCUUUCAUCUAGCAUGGCAUCAAGGCGUGUUCCAAAAGUAACUUCCAAAGAGGGAGAAUCUCAGUGCAAGGAGAAGCAUGCAGUUCUGCUUAGCCCCGUGGGAAAACUGGAGAUAUCUGGGUGUGAAACAGGCUUACAUGAAAUAAAACUUCCAAAAAUGAGUGUGCUGCCAAAUGGGUAUGCUGCAGGACUUUACUGUGCCAGAUACAACAGCAAAGUCAGGCUUCAGCUGUGUUUCCUGAAGAUGAGCCGCGAUUAUAUUUCACAUUCCUCAUGGCCUGAAGCUCUUUUUCCCAGCCUGAGGUCGUGGCAUUCGGCCAGGCUGCGGUGGCGGGACGCAGCGUCUGCCAGGGCUCUGCCUUCCCUGGGCUGCCCCGCCGUGGGGCCGAGAGCAGGAUGGUCAUGGGCAGAGGCGUCGGCGGGCUGCGAGGUGUGCGAAGGCGCGGAGGAGAUGACGGAGCCGCUGAAGCAGUGCACGGCCUGGCUGCGCACCUACUUCUGCGAGCCGGCGAGGACGGAGCAGCUGCCCGUGCCCCCCUUCCACCACCCCCUGCUCCAGCGAGAUUCGUUCACCAGGCAGGUUUUGUGGAUCCUGCUGAGAGAUGUGAAGUUUGGAGAGGCCAUUUCUUACCAGAAAUUAGCGGACCUAGCGGGCAACAGCAAAGCUGCAAGAGCAGUGGGAGGAGCAAUGAGGAGCAAUCCUAUCCCGAUUAUAAUACCGUGCCACAGGGUGAUUCGCAGCAGCGGGCAGACCGGCAACUACGGAGGAGGGAACCUUAUGAAAGAGUGGCUUUUGUCGCACGAGAAGCUCCAGAAAGAGAAGUUAGCAUAUUGAUGCAGCUCAGCCACAGCUGCUCGACUGCCAAGGCACACAGCCGCGGAUACUUGGCUUAUAACAAGCUCUCAGAGCACCCAGCAGAAUUCAGAAAAAUGGUAAAUAUUUGAGUGACAUAUAAAUAUAAUGCAACAUCCGAAGUGAAAUGUGUGGUGGCACCACUAUAUUAAAAAAGCAGGAUGCGUCCUAGGGGAUGCAGCUCAUAUGCCCUUUCUUGUUUUUACAUUUUACAGCAGAAUGACUACAGCGGUCCAGGCCUGUUGUGCGUGUAUUUUGUUCCCAUCCCCAGUCCUGUUUUGUUCUAUUUUUAAUGUCCAUUAAAGCAAGGGUAGGGGAGAGGGAGGGGCAUGGCAAAUGCGAGGUGCAAGCGGCCCUCUAAGGAAGCAUCUGGCUCGCCGAGGGGCCAGCCCGCGCCUCCCUGCUCCUGCCCCGCCUGGCGCGCUUGUCCCCCUGCCAGCCCUGGUGCCAGGACUCCCCUCCUCUCUUUGAUGUUUGCGCUGCUGAAAUGCUGUUUUACGUAAACACUGCUUAAUGGAGCACAUUGAGAUGCAGUCAAAAGGAAGCGGCUAUUGAAUCGCUUGUUCGCGGCUUUUCUUUUCGGAUCAUGAGAGGUGCUCAAGGCAGGAAUAAAAAUUUUGCUUUUGUGAAUGUUGCAAAAAGCAGGCGGAGCUGUAGGUGCUGGCAAGUUGUAUGAGAAUAUUUAAAAUAAGCAGUUAGAUGAGCGCAACCUGGACAAAAUAUUAAAAAGCUCAUCGUAGCUGCAUCUUCAUCAGCAGUGCCUUUCCUUAAGUGUUUGAAUUUCUCCUUAGAUUUUUGCAGUUCUCCAUUACAUGAAGCUUUAUUUGCUGUAGCCUCUCUGAAGAAAGGAUUCAAGAGAUGUUAAAGCUAAAUUCUGAGGUGGUUUAAAAAGGGUUCUCUGAAAGUGCGAGCCCAGAAGCUGAAAUUUUCAGUAUGGGAAUCAUAAAUUCCAACAUGGAAAUACUGAUUUUUUUAUGUGUUUUAUCAUAUUUUCAUAGACGUCUCUUUAGAAAUGCCAUUGCUAACCAAGAAAUUAUUGUGUUACAAUGCUUUAGUUAAUGUAGUAUUGUUGAUAUCUCAGAAUUACUUCAAUAAAAAAACUGCUUUGCAUGUACAA